AUGGGUUGCUGUGGGUGUGGUGGCUGCAGUGGUAGCUGCGGUGGCUGCGGUGAUGGCUGCAGUGGUGGCUGUGGUGGUGGCUGCAGUGGUGGCUGUGGUGGUGGCUGUGGCAGCUACACCACCUGCAGGUGCUACCGGGUGGGCUGCUGCUCCAGCUGCUGCCCCUGCUGCCGCGGCUGCUGUGGGGGCUGCUGCAGCACGCCCGUGAUCUGUUGCUGCCGCCGCACCUGCAGCUCAUGUGGCAGUGGCUGUGGCUGUGGGAAGGGCUAUUACCAGCAGAAGGGCUGCUGUCAGCAGAAGGGCUGCUGUCAGCAGAAGUGCUGCUGCAAGAAGCAAUGCUGCUGCAAGAAGCAAUGCUGCUGCUAG